UUGCCAGGCGGAAGUGGAGCGCUCGCGCGAUCGAUUGAUCGAUCGACUGGUCUUCGCUGCUGAUUUAUGUCUUCGGCAAAGGAUCAGCAGCAGCAGCCACAGCCACAGCCGCAUCAGCAGCAACAGCAGCAGCAAAAUUCGACCGGCGGCAGCAAUUGCUGCUCCUCGAGGUAUGGGUAUGGCGACGUGAGCAGCGCCGAUGUCCACCUAGAGCUGGUGCCGAUCAGCGGAAAUCCACUGCCGCUCCUCCACCUCCACUCCCACGUCCUCCGUCGAUCGGAAUAUUUCGAGGCACGCCUCUCGGAGCGCUGGAACAAUGUGAGCGGCGGCCGCCCAAUCGAGCUGUGCCUCGACAAGUGCAAGGAUCCCACUGCCUAUGUCCGCUGCUUCGAGGUCCUCUACGUCCCCGAUCGCCUCAAGCUCUCGGCCUUUGCGGAUGUCCAGGACGCGCUCACCGUGCUCGAGGUAGCGGCGGAGCUCCUCCUCCACGAGUGUGUGGCGGCGUGCAUGAAGUACCUGGAGGCUGUUCCAUGGACCCCCGACGCCGAGGAGGCGAUCCGGAGCUGUGUGUCGUCGCUCCACUUGCGACCCAGCCCGGAUCUGGCUGCUAGGCUGUGUACUCUUGGGAGCAUGCCCGAUUGCAAGCCCGUGGACGUGAUGAAGGAGGUGCUGGGAGAGCUCUUGUCGCUCGUCUCCAACGGAGCUCCUCCAAAGGCCCGGGACAUCACCGAGAGAGUUCUUCUCGCCAACGUCCAGGCCCCGGCGUCGUCGGCCUUUGCCGCGGUGAACGAGGUGGCGCUCUUCAAGGAGGUCCAGACCAACUUGGAGGCGCUCAAGAUCCAGCUCAACAAGUUCGUCAACUUCUUCUCCUGGAACUCCCACCAGGUGAAUGUGGCGUGCUCGGCUCUGCGGUGGCUGCUCGAGGAGCUGUUCUCGCUCCAGAUUGCGGAGACGGCGAUCAAGAUGCUGGCCGAGGAGGAGGACCUGGCGCAGCUGAUGGUGUCGAGGAUCUACCAGAACCCGUUCACCGAGACGCUGUUCUGCAUCCUGGUGAGGAUCUUCCAGGCGCUGCAAAAGGGAGAGGUGGUGGUGGCCAGGAACUUGAGGCUGGCGCUGGUCACGACUUGGCUGCCGGUGAUCGCCAAGCUCGUCCACGACGCGGACGAUAGCAUGGGUAAGGACAACGAGCUCCAGCGGAGCUUGGAGGAGGGGCUGAGCGCGGUGGUGGCGACGCUGCCGCUGGUGGACCAGGAGGCGGUGUUUAAGAUCUGGAUCGGUUCGUGUCUCAAGAGCAGGAAGGCUUUCCCCGACUUGAGCGACGCUUUCGAGAGCUGGUGUUGCAAGCUCCGGCAGGCCCAGCUGGACAAAGAGCACGACGGUGGCGGGCCGACUAUGGCUGCCUCGACGCCGAGCAAGGGAGAGAGCUUCGCCACGACGUUGGAGGAAGCUCACUAAGCUUGGAGCGAUGGAGCAAACUGUGUAUACUGUACAGGCUGCGAGUAAGGUUUUUCUUUUCCUUCGUUUUUUUCAGCGAUCGAUCGAUCAGGGAAUUCUUUUGUUAUCGUGUAUAGUGAAUGAGGGAAGAAAAAUUUCCAUCGAGUGAUUGUAUCUUUGUAACAGGAUCGAAGUUUUGCUCGUCCGUCAAACGAAAUCUUUGUUCCUUCUCGAAAAGUGAAGUUGUUUGUUGCCAGGAACCCUAAUUGAAAGGCUUGUGAUACUACAAAAUUAAGGUGUU